CCAGUGCGAAAUGGAGGCGAGCGUGGUGUACCGACCACUAACCGCAGACUACGUGGAGUCGUUGCAGUAUAUAUCAGUGCAGAUCGCGCUUGUCUUUGUCUUCUACGGCGCUCAGGCGGCCCUCUCAAUAGCGUCUGUCAGCGUUCUCAUCCGUCGCGAAGGAAGCUCCUCGAUCCUGCUACUGGCCACCCUGACGAGCAUCUUUACCUUUUCCUCCAUCGCCGCCGUCGUCGAUAUCUCUUACUACCUCAUCUACCUCUCAGUCGGGUACGGCAUCGUCCCGCACGAAGUCACGAGGGGCAUCCUUAGUCGCAUUAACAUCGUGGGGACGGUAGCCGAGCGCUGGAAUUAUGUCAUGAGCGACGCGAUCGUGGUUUGGCGCGCGUGGGUUCUGUGGCCGGAGAGCCGACUUGCGAGAGGGGCGCUGCUGACAUGCAUGUGCGGGAGCGUCAUCGGCACCAUCCUCGAAACCGUGUGGUCCCUACAGGCCCAUAGCGGGCACGUCAACAUUUCGCCCUCGCGCGCGCUCGCUAUGCCGAUCCCCCUGCUCAUCACCAACGCUGCUGCGACGGCCCUUGUAGGGGUUAAGGUUUGGUUCUACCGCUGCGACAUCAAGCGACAUCUGGCUUUGGGUACACAAAAAUCCCAAGUAGAGAAAGUCCUGCUCUUACUCCUGGAAUCCGGGUCUGUGUACUGUUUGGUGUGGGUUUUGUAUCUCCUCGCCGAGAAUAUCACGGGCACGGCCGCGUACACGCUUACACCCGUCAUCGGCGUGGUGAUUCCAAGUCUCGCAGGCAUCUACCCUGCCUUCGUUGUCCUUGCAGCCGUACAUGGGCGCAGCGCGGACAUGCUGUCCAUGUCCGACUCGCACAUAUCGCACGCAAUGCGCUUCGCGGGCUCCGAGCUGAAUGAUACUGUAUGUCCGGGGUCGGGGAAAGUGACCUUCGAGGUAGUGGGGAGCACCUGAAUUGCCUAAGUUCGGUGCUUACUGCCGACACUUCACGAUUGGAGCGCACGGAACGUGUCGGCGGUGCGUCCUAGGCACUACAAAAUCGUUAAAUCAGCAGGUCAGAGUAUAGCUGCUCCCUAGGCAAAAGCCAAACACAGUGAGGGCC